CACAACACUGUUUUCAGUGUACGCCUCAGGUUUAUUGAAAGUACUGUCCGCAAUUACACUAACGGACUGUCCUUAAAAAGAUCUCAAAAGGCAAAAAUCUAUGCCGUCUAAGACCAACUGGACUUUCAAAACAACCAACAACUGUCAGUGACUGAAUUAUACCAUGGCAAGAAGCAGUCCGCACAGUUGUGAAGAUGACAUUGAAAUCAUGAUCAGAACGGGCGUACGGGAUUGGCGUCAUGUGGAAUCAGAUCGAUAUAAAUGGCCACAGGAGGCCAUUCUUGUAGUUCAAAGUAACAGACUGAACGAGAUUAACCACAGCAAACCAAAGCACAUAAACGGAAGAGCACAACAUGUCGAGUGUGCAUUCCUAGAUGAAAUAGAGUCAGCCGAUCAAUCUUUAUCACUUGAAGACUACUUUUCCAAGAUGCGCAUGCGCCAGCAGAAAACCGAAUACGACCUCUACAUCAACUACUCGCCAUGUGUUGAUUGUGCUGACCGGAUCAUAGAAUUCAUAAACAACCAUCCUUUGGUUAUAUUUAACAUCCACUAUGCCAUGACCUACAAGGAUGGAGACGGCCUCCGAAAGUUAAAGUAUCAAGAGGGGAUUACCUUGUCAACCAUGAGUGAUAGCAAUUGGAAGUCUGUGACAACAUCAUUACUGGACAUUCACAUACAAAAAAUGCAAAAAUUGCAGGAAGAGGUUCGAUCUAAGCCAGGAUAUGAGUCAUUGAAUACGGCACUCAAAUACUUGGACAUUGAAAGAUUUCCUAAAUGGAUAACCAUGAGAAAGGAAGCAGACGAGGUGCAUGAUCAAAUACUUCAUGAUAUCUUUGAAGAAGAAGAAUAUUUUGAGGAAUACUGGCCUGAAGAAUAUUUUGAGGAAUACUGGCCUGAAGAAUAUUUUGAGGAAUACUGGCCUGAAGAAUAUUUUGAGGAAUACUGGCCUGAAGAAUAUUUUGAGGAAUACUGGCCUGAAGAAUAUUUUGAGGAAUACUGGCCUGAAGAAGUGAGCGAGGACGAAGACGAGGUUCAGGAUGAAAUACUUGAUGAUACCCUAAAACUAACACCUUUUGAGGAAUACUGGCUGGCUAAUGGGUCUGGACGAUCGAGUUUCGAUCUACUAUAUUCUUAGUAUGUACAUUGCAACGAGUCAGGCAUGACUAUCCAUCAACCCCAACCCAAACAUUUAGCAAGACUUCUAGGCCUUGGUCUGCCGCACCAUACACUCAGACACUGUUGGCAAGCGAACCAUGGGUAAACCAGACACAACUUCCAAGAGUGAGCCAAAUGACAAGCUACUCUUCUAACUAUGGGUCUACAGCACCAUACACUCAGACACCGUUGGCAAGAGAACCAAGGCCCUGGGUAAACCAGAAACAACUUCCAAGAGGGAGCCAAAUGACAAGCUACUCUCCUAACUACGGGUCUACAGCACCAUACACUCAGACACCGUUGGCAAGAGAACCAACCUACAAAGCUAAGCCUUGGUGGAUGUAAGAAACUCAGAAACAACUUCCAUGAGAGAGCCAAAUGUCCAGCUACUCUCUUAACUACAUAAACAAAAUGCAAACAAAACCACUCUUCACCAUUUUCCCUAUUAUACCUAUUUACAAAUAACCCCUUGUUUAUGGUGACAUACAAGGAACAUUUUGUGCCUCGCACAGCAGACUAGGCCUGGGCACCUCGUGCGACUAGUGUCCUUAUCCCAACUAUUGAUUGAUUAGUUGAGUCGCGACUACCGUUUUCCAACUACUCAAUGGGCCAUAUUUUUGACCGCGUGAGGGCGCUCUCAAUCAC